AUGCCUACUAUUUCGACAACCGACUCAAAACGCCCAAUUGUCGAUGGCGUCGAGGAGCCUCCCCAGCUCAAGAUCGAAAUCCCCGCCAACCGCUAUGACAUGCUCUGCUUCGAGGGCAUUGCCAUGAACCUCAAUGUCUUCCUCGGAAACACCCCUCCUCCCAACUACCGCCUCGUUGCUCCCAAGGAUGGCGAACUCCAGACCGUUACUGUCAAGGAAGAGACAUCACAAAUAAGACCCUACUUCUCAUGCGCCGUCUUGAGAAACAUCAAGUUCACAAAGGCCCGCUACGAGUCCUUCAUCGCUCUCCAGGAUAAGCUUCACCAGAACCUGGCCAGACAACGUACCCUUGUCGCUAUCGGUACCCAUGAUCUCGACACCAUCAAGGGCCCCUUCACCUACGAGGCUCAGAAGCCAGAGGACAUCAAGUUCGCCCCCUUGAACCAGACCAAGGAGAUGACCGGAAAGGAAAUGAUGGAAUUCUACGAGAAGGACAAGCACCUUGGACGCUACCUGCACAUCAUCCGCGACUCGCCCGUCUACCCUAUUAUCUACGACAGCAACCGUACCGUUCUCUCCAUGCCUCCCAUCAUCAACUCGAACCACUCCAAGAUCACCCUCGACACAACCAACGUCCUGAUCGACAUCACAGCCACCGACAAGACCAAGCUGGAAAUCGUCAACCACAUGAUUGUUUCCAUGUUCUCUCAGUACUGCGAGGAGCCUUUCACCAUUGAGCCUGUCAAGAUCAUCUCCGAGCACAACGGACAGACUCGUGAGGCACCUGACCUCACCCCUCGCACCACCCAGGCCGAAGUCAGCUACAUUAACUCUAUUUGCGGCUUGAAGCUUCAACCUCAGGAGAUUUGCGAUAUGCUCAAGAAGAUGUGCUACCACGCUAAGCCCUCAUCAACACCAGAUAUCCUCGACGUCGACGUGCCGAUCACUCGUGCCGAUGUCCUGCACCAGGCCGAUAUCAUGGAGGACGCCGCAAUCGCCUACGGCUUCAACAACCUCGAGCGCCGCUUCGUCUCAGCCACCACCUCAGUCGGUGCAGCUCUUCCCAUCAACCGUCUUGCCGACAUUGUCCGUUUCGAAACCGCCAUGGCCGGCUGGUCCGAAGUCAUGCCCCUGAUCCUCUGCUCCUAUGACGAAAACUACACAUGGCUGAACCGCAAAGACGACAACCUCGCCGUCCGCCUCCAAAACCCCAAGACCCAAGAAUACCAAAUUGUGCGCACCAGCUUGCUACCGGGUCUGCUCAAGACCAUCCGCGAGAACAAGCAUCACUCUGUGCCCAUGAAGAUCUUCGAGGUCAGCGAUGUCGGCUUGAAAGACGAGUCUUGCGAGAGAAAGAGUAGAAACGAACGCCGCUUUGCUGCUUGCUGGUAUGGCAAGAGCUCUGGCUUUGAGGUUGUGCAUGGUCUGCUCGAUCGCAUCAUGUUGAUGUUGAAGAGUGCUUUCAUUACCAAGGAGGAAGGUCUCAGCAACCCUGCCGUCAAGGGCUAUUGGAUCGAGGAAAUUGGCGACAAGCCGCAAAGAGUUGGCACCUUUGGUGUCAUGCACCCGACGGUGCUCAAGAACUUCGAGCUGCCUUUCCCUGUCUCGGCAAUGGAGAUUGAGCUCGAGUGGUUCCUGUAG